AUGGCGUGGGAACAUCUAGCUAUCGAUAAGCCGCACGUGGCCUAUAUGAUCCUGGGAGGGUUUACCAGCUUGUUUAUGUUGUGUUCACUGUUCGUCAAGGAAAAACUAUACAUUGGUGAAGCUACCGUGGCCACACUAUGCGGUGUCAUUUUCGGUCCUCACGCUGCCCGCCUCUUCGACCCGAUAUCCUGGGGAAAUGUGGACAAGAUUACGCUGGAAUGCUCCCGCAUUGUGCUCGUCGUUCAGUGUUUUGCCGUCGGGGUCGAAUUGCCCAAGUUUUAUAUGGAAAAACAUUGGAAAUCGGUUGUCCUGCUUUUGCUUCCCGUCAUGACUUGGGGAUGGCUCAUAACGAGCCUCAUCAUAUGGUGGAUGGUACCACCCUUGUCAUGGCUCGAAAGUUUGGCUUGCGCUGCAUGUGUUACUGCUACUGAUCCCGUCCUAGCGUCAUCAGUGGUUGGUAAAGGGAAAUUCGCAAAGCGUGUGCCCAAACACCUUCGAGAUUUGCUCUCUGCAGAGUCAGGCUGCAACGAUGGUAUGGCUUUUCCGUUCAUCUACCUCGCUGUUUACCUCAUUGACUACCGACCGGAUUCGAAGAAAGUGGCCUUUCAUUGGAUUUGCUUUACUAUCCUUUACGAAUGUAUUUUCGGCGCGUUUUUCGGGUUUAUGGUCGGCUACAUUGGCCGUCACGCUAUCAAAUUCGCCGAACGGAAGAGCCUCAUCGAUCGAGAGAGUUUUCUUGUGUUCUACUUCGUACUGGCUUUGUUUUGUGCUGGUUCCGGCAGUUUGCUGGGUAUGGACGAUUUGCUUAUCGGCUUCUCCGCUGGGGUGGGAUUCAGUAAUGACGGAUGGUUUACUGAGAAGACAGAAGAAUCCCACGUUUCCAAUGUCAUUGAUCUACUACUCAACUUAACGUAUUUCGUUUAUUUUGGGGCAAUUAUACCGUGGCAGCAGUUCAAUGCUCCAGCAAUUGGUAUGGUGCCGUGGAGGCUGGUUGUGAUUGCUAUUUUCGUGAUCUUUUUCAGGCGGAUUCCCAUCAUGUUAAUGUUGAAACCAUUUAUACCUGACAUCAAAACAUGGCGAGAGGCGCUAUUUGCAGGCCAUUUCGGCCCAAUUGGUGUAGGGGCUAUUUUCGCUGCUAUUCUCACCAGGGCAGAGUUGGAAAAUGGCUCAACUCAACCUCUUGCAGAACUGCCAAGGCCUGGUGACGAAAACUUCGCAAUUGUCACUGUUAUUUGGCCUAUUACGACGUUCUUGGUGAUUUCAUCCAUUAUUGUCCACGGAUCGUCGAUUGCCGUUUUCACCCUCGGAAAGCAUAUCAAUACCUUGACCAUCACAAUGUCCUAUACGCAAGCUAACGAGGACGGCCCUUCAUGGAUGAAUCGGCUUCCUCGCAUCCAAACGCAAUCAAAGGCGUCAAUGUCCUUACGCAAAGAAUCGAUGGAAUCGGAGUCGAGCGGGAGACUUCCGGAAUUCCCUCCUGGGACUCUUGGUCCGGUUGGAUUUCCCGGGAAUUUAUUACGGCGUCAGAGAGAAGAUGCGGAAAGUGAACCGAAUAGUCGCGCAUCUAGUCGUAGGCCUCCAAGAAGACGGAAAAGAGGUGCGGGUGGGCCGAUUAGCCAGUCUGCAAUUAUGCCCCAGAGGAGGUUGGAGACCCCUGGUGCUCCGAAAAUUGAAAGCAGAGAAGAGAACAGACCUCCCUUGGAACAACGCGAGUCGACAACUGAAAUACCUGGCAUGGAAGUUUACCGUGAAGGCGACAAGAUAAUUAUCGAAGAUGAGGAAGGUAAUGUUGUAGAUACUGCCGAUUAUAGCCACUUGAGCCCUGAGGAACAAUCGCACAUUCUGCAACAGCAUCAUCAGCCUCGCCAAGAUCGAAUCGGAGAGUUGCCACUAUCCAAGGGUCAGGCGGUUGAGAAACACGAUAGUGAAUGCUCUGGCUCUGCCGCCGAUGGGAAGGCCGGAGAUACUUAUGAAAGGAUUAAAGAACGACUCCCUGCAUGGAUCCGUGGUGGCCGAAGGCUCACAAAAGAAUCCGAAGGCGCAGGACCAACACAGAAACCAGAUGACGGACGACGUCGACCCGCGAGAGCAUAUCAAUUUGGAAACACAGUCAUUGUCGAAGAUGCAGAUGGCGAAGUUAUCAAGAAAUUUACUAUCCCUCCUGAUGAGAAGCCAAUGAAGGAUUCCGAGGAGGCUGAUUCUAGUAACCCUGCAGAGGUGAAUCUUCCAUCGUCCAUCGAGCUUGAGCCCAUGCGACGAAGGAUAUCCCGCGUGGGGACCUGGAUUGGCCUUGGAGAGCCUAGAGAAGGAGGCGAACCCUCCUCGAAGAAAACACAACAAACCGAACGUGAUUCGUCUGAUGAUGAGCGUCUUCGAUUCACCGUCACAAGGCCAGACCUGAUGACAAAGCCCGAAAUGGGUCUCAGAAUGGGCAAGCAAGAUUUCAUCAAACAGAUCCGCACACUUGACCCAAAAACCCGCGCGGAACUACUCCAUCACUCCUCCACUCCGGAACAGAUGAAAGCCGCCCUCCAAAGGGAGCGUGCUCGUUCCGGCCACUUGGAACAUCAAGACAACCGCGACUCCCAAACCACUAAAACAACAGGGCAAGAACGACAACAAGAUGACACCCGAGCACAUCAACGGGGCCUCAUAGCCGCCUCUAGUGACAAGGGUGAAGAACCAGGUUGCUCCACUCCCCCAUCCACCACGCGAAACCCCCGCGAUUCCGAAGAUGAUGGCACCGAGCGAAUCCCACCGUCCCAACGACGCCAACCAGCCGGUCCAACCAUUGCCAUCCAGACCGCUCCCUUCCCACAAGCAUUACAUGACAGUGCAGAGACACCGGCUGAGCGAAAACGCCGGCUGGCAGCGCUGGGUGAAUUGCAGGAUCAAGCUGAUGAUGAUGAUUGGGGUGGCACGGAAUCUCCGGGCGGAACUCGGGGUCGGACUGGCAGACGUGGUCGACGGCCUGCGGCCCUCGAGGAUCCGGAUAGUGAGGAUGAUGGGGAACCCCGUACUGUGAAGGGCAAAGUGCAGUUUGCGGAUGGGACGAGACCGGCGAAGAAAAGGGAUGGGGCCGGUGAGGUGGUUGUCGCACCGCCAAAAGCGUAUGUGGCUGGCUCGGGAGCUGCUUCUGAAGCUCCUGCUAGCGAUGGGAACGAAGGAGAGGGUAACGGUGGUAGUGAAAAUUCGGGUAUGGGAGGUCCUCGCGAGAGGAGUGGGAAUGGGACUGGCUGGAGAGGGCAUAGGCCGCAUGUGUCAUGGGGCGGGGAGACGGGAAGGAAUCUGUAA